AUGGGAUGUUGCUGUUUGUAUACAAGUACAUAAACAUCGAAUUCUCAGACCUAAAAGAAUUAGCAAGAGAGUAAACAUCAUUGUUUAACAUUAUUGAAAAAAUUGAGUUCAAAUAAAUCAUCUUGCUUAUAUGAAUGUGGCAAAUACUAAUAUAUCUAUUAUCUCAAACCAAUAAAUAAUUUCAGUAUUGAGACUAUGGAACUUCUACUUGAAAGAGGAUUUGUGAGAAAUGCUAAGUAUUAUCGAAAAUACAAUCACAACUAGUCUUGUUGUGUAGGCUAUAACACAAGAGUUAACAUAUAAGAAAAUUAGCCAAAAAAAAAAUAGAAGGCUAUAAUUGAUACCUUUGUUAAUUAGGUUAUCAAGCAAUAUCCCAAAGUUGAUUUGGAGGGUUAUGCUCUUUUAAAUUAGGAAGGUGAUUAUCCUUAAUAAAUGAACAAUUAAUAAAAUAAAAAGCAAUUGAAAAAAAUUUAAAAACAUAUCCCUUUGGAGGAUGUUCAAGACAUAAUGAAUUAAGUCUAGUAAGAACUAAUAACAUGUAGCAGAUUGAUAAAUGAAGAGAUCGAUUUGAAUCUAGAUUUUUAGAUCAAAGAUUAAUAACAAUUAAAGAUUUUUGGGAACUCUGAGGAUCUUGGUUAUUACACAAAUCACAACCUAAUAUUGUUUGAUUAAAAUAUACGGGCAUUAAAAUCAAUCUAAAUGGUCCAAUAGUAAUUUAAUUAAAUGAUAGGGGCCAAAUUAAAUGAGAAAGUUAUUUUGGAUAAGUAUAAACUGUUGUAGAAUAAGAAUGGUUAUUUUAAUAUAGUUCAAAUUAGAAGUGAAUAGGGAAUAAAAAACAACAAUAAGAAAUAGGGCAAUUAUUCUGAAUUAAAAAACAAAUAAGCCAAAUAACCUAAAUAAGAAUAGAAGGAAAUUCAGAAAUCAAAAGUUAUUGAUAUUAUAGAUCAUAAGACAUUUACAGUGAAUGAUUUUAGGAUAGGUGAAAUGAGAGUGUCAAUAGUAGAUCCCUACACAAGUGAAGAAAACGCGAAGCUUUAUCUAGAUUACAUGGCUAAAGUUCAUUCUUAAAUUUCAAAUCUUGAAAGUUUUCAAACGUAUUACUCAACGCGCAUUCUAUUGAACGAUUAAUUCUUAUAUAAUUAAGGCGCGAACGUAAAAUUGAACUUAGGUUAGAGGUUUAUGGAAUAUCGUAUAAGAGGAAAAUUGAUUGGAUGUGGAGUCAUAAUAUUAACGAGAUAUCAAUUAUUCAUCAUAGCUUUUGGAAUUGUGGCUGCUUUUGUGGAAAUUGAAUAUGUUAAAAAAAUCAACAAGUAUUUUCCAGAUUUCAAAUAUUCAUCUUUGAGUUAUGUGAUUGCCACUUGCAAAGCGAUGAAUUACAAAUUGUAGUUCACAGGUUUGGAAAUUCAGUGUCCUGAUUCAUAUGUUUGGUUGAAAUACAAUAAGGAAUUGAAGAAAUUGAUGUAGAGCAAUUGUUCGAGGUUGAAUAAGGAGAGAUAAAAUAAAAUGAAUUAUAACUAAGAUUUUUCGUAAGUUUAGGUAUCAGUUUAAAAUGAAAUACAUGAGAUCGACCAAUUGGAUCCCUAGACUUAGAUGGGAGUAAUGGAUAUCUUGUUGUAUAAUAAGGAUGUGCUUGGGGAAGAUCUAAUCAAGGGGUUGACGUUUUGUAUUUGA